AAACUAAGCCCAAAUUACACUUGGGUUUGUGUGUGUGUGUGUGUGUGUGUGUGUGUGUGGAAGUAGUGUGAAGUGAACUCAAACUGCAAGACGCUGAAUUUCUGUGGAAGGUCAGGGAGGGCGGUGGAGAUGGAGCUUCCGGUUGCAACAGUGACUCAGCACGAUCAAUGGAAGGUGGAGAGUCAGGUCUUUCGGAUCUACGAUCUCUUUGGCAACCUUCCCCCCAACGCCCAAUCCGUAAUGAUCGAACUUCAGCGUGAUAAUCACAUAGAGUACUUAACGAGAGGCCUCAGACAACUCCCUCCCUCGUUCUGCACUUUGGAUGCCAGUCGGCCUUGGCUGUGCUAUUGGAUUCUGCAUUCAUUGGCUUUACUAGGGGAGUCUGUUGAUGAUGAACUGGAACAUAACACCAUUGACUUCCUUAGCCGUUGCCAGGACCCAAGUGGUGGAUAUGGCGGCGGACCUGGACAGCUGCCACAUCUGGCAACAACUUAUGCUGCAGUCAAUGCACUCAUAACUGUCGGUGGUGAUCAAGCUCUCUCAUCAAUUAAUAGAUGUGAACUAUACAAGUUUCUGCAGCAAAUGAAACAUCCAAGCGGUGGCUUCAGGAUGCAUGAUGGUGGAGAAAUUGAUGUCCGGGCUUGCUACACUGCGAUUUCUGUAGCAAGUAUUUUGAACAUUUUGGAUGAUGACCUGGUUCAUAAUGUUGGAAGUUUCAUCUUAAGUUGUCAGACUUAUGAAGGUGGCAUUUCUGGGGAACCUGGUUCUGAAGCUCAUGGCGGGUACACCUUUUGUGGGGUGGCUACAAUGAUUCUAAUCAAUCAGAUCAAUCGUUUGGACUUGCCCAGACUAAUUGAUUGGUUGGUAUUUCGACAAGGGAAGGAGUUUGGAUUUCAGGGGAGGACUAAUAAAUUGGUUGAUGGUUGCUACUCCUUUUGGCAGGGAGGUGUUUUUCCAUUAUUACAAAGAGUGCGUUCAAUUAUUGAUGAACAACUCGUGCUCCCAGACGCUGGAGGACACUCUACUACGAAUGGCACACACACUUCUACGACAUCUAGUAUAUCUGAAGUGGGGGAAAGUUUUGAAGGCACUUCAUCUCAUGUUGAUGAUGCUUGCCAUUCUAGGCAGGAAGUGAAUUUCAAUGAUAUCGGUUAUAAUUUUGUCAAGAGGCCUAUAGAAAUGGAGCCACUUUUUCACAGCCUGGCAUUGCAGCAAUACAUACUUUUAUGCUCACAGGAGGAGAAGGGUGGGAUGAAAGACAAACCUGGGCUAUCUAGGGAUUUCUACCACACAUGCUAUUGUCUGAGUGGUCUCUCUGUAUGCCAACAUAUGUGGUCGGAUGAAGAAGACUCUCCAGUGUUGCCUAGAGCAUUAAUGGGUUCCUAUUCCAAUUUGUUGGAACCAAUACAUCCCCUCUUCAAUGUUGUCUUAGAACAGUACCAUGAAGCCCGGGAAUUCUUUACAAGAGACUGAGCAAAACAUUCUCCUCGGUGGUCUUCUGAUAACAUUUAAUAAUUAUGCGCAGUCUUUGAUACAUAAAUAUUACAUUUGAUCAGUCAUUGGUAUUUCAAGACUGCGGAGGCUAGCAGUCAAUAAAGUGACUGAUUUGGCUAUAGGAGAAGUUGAGGACCAGCCAGAGGCAAUAUGUAAUAGUUAGUGCAUGAUGCUGUUGUAAGAUUAUUCAGUGUUGUUUUGUUACUUGUAUGAAUGAUGUAUACUCAUUUAUGUCCAAUAAAAAAGGAAAAGAAAAAUAAAAUAAAUUUACUGCUCAAA